AUGUAGCCUACCCUGUCCGCCAUUUGAUGCAAGUGGAUGCUGUUGAAUUUAGUCUUGAAGUUAACUUGAGUGACAAUAUACCAGACCCGGGGCAGCCAAUGUGUAGACUACCUUCGCCGGCACAGGACCCGACUCGCCGGAGAUUAGACUGCGAAGUUCACAGAUUGACUGCUCGCCUCCAUCCUGGUCACGUGACGAAUAAAUACAGUAGGAUCGGUCACUAUGGCGGAUAUCUGACUGACUCACAAACCCAACAUCACUGUACGGGCUAUUAUUUGGCAUCCCCUCUCUCCUCCGAGGAUCGUUCCUCCCGUCCGUCCGUCCUCUUCUCUCGCUGCCGGGCGGUGUUCGGACGUGAUGGCAGAACAUGGAGUGGAUCUUUCUGCCUUGCCUAAAGAGAUCCGCGAACAGCUGGCGGAACUAGACCUAGAGCUAUCAGAGGGUGACAUCACUCAAAAGGGCUAUGAGAAGAAACGGGCGAAGCUCCUUGCUCCCUUCCUAGUGCAGUCUCCAGGUGUACCUGCUAAGAGUCUUGGCAAGACCACCUGCUCCACUCCCUCCUCCUCCGGCUCAUCCACACGCAAUCGACGAUCUCUGCAUCCACGCCACGGCCACGGCACCAGAGAUGAUCGCUACAGAUCAGACAUACACACGGAGGCAGUGCAGGCUGCUCUGGCGAAGCACGAGGAGGAGAAGCUGGCUCCCCCCAUGCCCACCAAACGUCGCUCUACAUGCGUACAGUCUCCUGCCAAGGCACUGACCCCACCAGACUCGUCCUCCUCGUCAGAAGAAGAUGACGAUGACGAUGACAGCGGCGGUCUCCAGUCUCCGGACUCAGCGGCAGAUGGUGCGGCUCAGGGUUCCUCCUCUACCUCGUCUUCCUCGGCCUCCUCCACCCUCUCCUCUGACCCGGGUGCCCAGACGCAGACGCAGCCGCUGCCACAGCCACUGCCACAGCCACUGCCUCAGACGCAGACGCAGACGCAGCCGCAGCCCCAGCCACUGCCACAGCCGCCGCCACAUCCACAGCCUCUGCCGCAGCCGCAGCUGCAGGCACACACACACUCCCACGUGCCCAGCCCGAGUGCACACACACACACACACACACACGCCCAGCCUGCACCUCCGCCUAUGCCGCCACCACCUCCACACUCCCAGUCCCAUCCUGUGGCUCUCACUGAGACUCUGGGACACGUGCGCAUCGACCUAGGGGCAGUAGGCCAGCGGAUGUCCCGAGUGGACCGGCCCAAUAACACCAUCAGAGCCGUGAGCCACAUCCAGGGUCGGGGCACCAUCAUGGAGACGGCCGAUGGUGUCCCAGUCUCCAGUAGGGUCUCCACUAAGAUCCAGCAGCUGCUGAACACCCUGAAACGGCCCAAGAGGCCCCCACUUAGUGAGUACUUCAUGGACGACCAGGAGGAGAUCGUCGAGGUUCCUCAGCCGGACCCGAGUAUCCCUCGUCCAGAGGGGAGACAGACAAUCCCCGUGAAGGGGGAACCGCUGGGCGUGGUCAGCAAUUGGCCUCCAUCUCUCCAAGCCGCAUUGGCCCGCUGGGGUGCCACUCAAGGCAAGAGCCCUGCCCUCACGGCUCUUGAUAUCAGUGGCAAACCCCUCUACACGCUCACCUAUGGGAAACUAUGGAGUCGCAGUGUGAAGCUGGCAUACACACUUCUCAACAAGCUGGGAGUCAAAAAUGAACAGUUGCUCAAACCCAAAGACCGGGUGGCCCUGGUGUACCCUAACAGUGACCCUGGGAUGUUCUUUGUGGCAUUCUAUGGCUGCCUGCUGGCUGAACUCAUACCAGUUCCCAUAGAAGUACCUCUCUCUCGCAAGGAUGCUGGCAGCAGUCAGGUUGGGUUCCUGCUGGGUAAUUGUGGUGUGAGUCUGGCUCUCACCAGUGAAGUUUGUCUGAAGGGUCUGCCCAAGACUCCAACAGGGGAGAUCCUACAGUUCAAAGGUUGGCCUCCACUGAAAUGGGUGGUGACUGACCCCAAAUAUCUCACCAGACCAUCAAAGGAUUGGCAGCCUCACAUCCCAACGGCCAACACAGACCCAGCCUACAUAGAGUAUAGAGUCAGUAAGGAAGGGACAGUGAUGGGCGUGGCCGUCUCUAAGGUUUCCAUGCUAACGCACUGCCAGGCCCUCACUCAGGCUUGCAACUACUGUGAGGGAGAGAUACUGGUCAGUGUCCUAGACUUUAAGAAGGACAUGGGUCUUUGGCAUGGGGUUCUCGUUAGUGUGAUGAACCGCAUCCACACCAUCAGUGUUCCGUACUCAGUGAUGAAGGCUUGCCCGCUGUCUUGGGUCCAGAGAGUUCAUAUUCAUAAAGCACGUGUUGCUGUGGUGAAGUGCCGUGACCUCCACUGGGCGAUGAUGUCCCACAGGGAGCAGAGGGACGUCAGCCUGUCCUCGCUACGUAUGCUUAUUGUUGCUGAUGGAGCAAACCCGUGGUCGGUUUCAUCAUGCGAUGCGUUUCUGAACCUGUUCCAGUCUCACGGUCUCAAGCCUGAGGUGAUUUGUCCCUGUGCCUCGUCUGCUGAAGCCAUGACCGUAGCCAUACGCAGGCCGGGAGUCCCGGGGUCUCCUCUGCCAGCGCGGGCCGUGCUGCCCCUCAGUGGCCUGAGUCAUGGGGUCAUCAGGGUCAACACUGAGGACAAGAAAACAGCGCUUACUGUACAGGACGUCGGCCACGUCAUGCCUGGAGCUCUGAUGUGUAUCAUAAAGCCAGACGGUCCUCCUAUGCUGUGUAAAACGGAUGAAAUUGGGGAGCUGGUGGUGAACUCACGUGCAGGAGGUACCCUGUACUACGGCUUACCUGGACUCACCAAAAAUACGUUUGAGGUGAUCCCGGUAAAUGCCAGUGGAGCUCCAAUAGGGGAGAUUCCGUUUGUGCGUUCUGGGUUACUGGGCUUCGUGGGGCCGGGCAGUCUGAUAUUUGUGUGCGGGAAGACGGAGGGGCUGAUGAUGGUCAGUGGCCGUCGCCAUAACUCAGAUGACCUCGUGGCAACCGCAUUGGCUGUGGAGCCAAUCAAAACCGUGUAUCGCGGGCGGAUAGCAGUGUUCUCGGUGGGUGUUUUCUACGAUGAGAGGAUAGUGAUUAUUGCAGAACAGAGGCCUGAUGCGUCUGAGGAAGACAGCUUCCAGUGGAUGAGUCGAGUGCUACAGGCCAUAGACAGCAUUCACCAAGUUGGUCUGUACUGUCUGGCACUCGUGCCUGCGAACACCCUACCUAAGACCCCGCUGGGAGGAAUCCACCUCUCUGACACGCGCCAGCUUCUCCAGGAGGGGGCGCUGCACCCCUGCAACAUCCUCAUGUGCCCCCACACCUGUGUCACCAACCUCCCCAAACCACGGCAGAAACAACCAGUGGGUGUCGGACCUGCGUCCAUUGUGUUGGGGAAUCUGGUUGCUGGGAAACGGAUCGCUCAGGCAGCAGGGAGAGAACUGGGGAUGAUGGAAGACCAGAACCUCGUGAGAAAGCUAUGCAUGUGGCCCACUAUGAUGCACCAGUUCCUGUCCGAGGCUCUGCAGUGGAGAGCUCAGACCGAUCCAGACCAUGUGCUCUACGUGCUGCUGAAUGCUAAGGGUACUGCAGUGUGCACGGCGACGUGUGUGCAGCUCCAUAAGCGAGCGGAGAAGGUCGCCGCUGCUCUCAUUGAGAGGAGUGGAAUCAACACUGGAGAGAACAUUGUCCUGCUGUACCCGCCAGGUAUAGACCUGAUUGCUGCUUUCUAUGGCUGCCUGUAUGCUGGCUGCGUUCCUGUGACUGUGAGGCCACCCCACCCUCAGAACCUUACGGCAACGCUGCCCACAGUCCGGCUCAUCGUAGACGUGUGUAAGGCAGCUGGCAUUCUCACCACUCAGUUUUUAGUGAAGAUUCUCAGAUCUAAAGAAGCCGCUGCCACCGUCAACACUAAAACAUGGCCCAUCAUCAUAGACACAGAUGACCUUCCACGCAAGAGACCACCCCACAUCUACAAGCCCCCGUCACCAGAUGUCAUCGCAUAUCUGGACUUCAGUGUGUCCACGACCGGCAUGCUAACUGGAGUCAAGAUGUCCCACACGGCUGUGACGGUUCUAUGUCGCUCUAUAAAGCUCCAGUGUGAGCUCUACUCCUCACGCCAGAUUGCCAUCUGUCUCGACCCCUACUGCGGCAUGGGCUUUGUGCUGUGGUGUCUAGCAAGUGUGUACUCAGGGCACCAAUCGGUGCUGAUUCCCCCUGCAGAGCUGGAGCAGUCUUUGACCCUGUGGAUGAGCGCUCUAUCCCAGAACCGCAUCAGAGACACCUUCUGCUCGUACAGCGUCAUGGAGCUCUGCACCAAGGGCCUCGGGGGACAGACAGAGAGCUUGAAGGCGAGGGGUGUGAACCUGUCGUGUGUGCGCUCGUGUGUGGUGGUGGCCGAGGAGAGACCUCGGCUGGUUCUCACACACUCCUUCUCCAAGCUCUUCAAGGACGUGGGCCUGUCCCCUCGUGCUGUCAGCACCACCUUCGGCUCACGGGUCAACCUGGCCGUCUGCCUGCAGGGUACAACUGGACCAGAUCCAUCGACUGUGUAUGUCGAUAUGAAGUCCCUUAGACACGAUAGGGUGAGGUUGGUGGAAAGGGGAGCCCCCCAGUCUCUUCCUCUAAUUGAGUCGGGCACGAUUCUUCCCGGCGUCAGAGUCAUCAUUGUGAACCCUGAAACACGAGGCCCGCUCGGAGACUCCCACUUAGGCGAGAUCUGGUUGAACAGUCCUCACUCGGCUGCUGGUUACUACACCAUCUAUGGGGAGGAGAACCUCCAGGCGGACCACUUCAACGUGCGCCUCAGCUUUGGAGACCCUCACACUCAGUGGGCUCGCACAGGCUACCUGGGCUUCAUCAAAAGGACAGAGCUGACAGACUCUACAGGAGGCCCACAUGAUGCCCUGUUUGUGGUGGGCUCUCUGGACGAGACACUGGAGCUGAGGGGGUUGAGAUAUCACCCCAUCGACAUCGAGACCAGCGUGUCUCGUGCCCACCGCAGCAUCGCAGAGAGUGCUGUGUUCACCUGGACGAACCUGCUGGUGGUGGUGUCGGAGCUGUGCGGCUCAGAGCAGGACGCCCUGGACCUGGUUCCCGUGGUAACCAGCGUGGUGCUGGAGGAGCACCACCUGAUUGUGGGCGUGGUGGUGGUGGUGGACCCGGGAGUAAUCCCCAUCAACUCGCGCGGCGAGAAGCAGCGCAUGCACCUGCGCGACUCCUUCCUGGCCGACCAACUGGACCCCAUCUACGUGGCCUACAACAUGUAGGGGGCCCACACACACACCAGAGGAGGAGAGGGAACACACACCAGGGGGCUUCAGCAGGACAGAAUCAUCAGGAUGGGGCGGGUGGGGGGGGGGGGGGGGGGGCUGCAGCCCCUGAGGCCAGCGCAGGACAAAACGCCCCACAGAAACAAAAAAAAAAACCUCGUCCUCAGCGGGAAAAGACACUGGACAGAGAGGAGGAACGCAAGAGAAAAGGAGAUGUUCUGGGUGGCUAAUGGCUAACGGCUAAUGGCUAAUUCAGAAGUGUGUGCAGCACAGACUGUCCCAAUGGUAAAUAAUACAGUGAUCCUAGGAAUAAUAGUAACAAAUGUAUUUUAUUUUUCCAGAAUAGGGGAAGAGCUGAAUCUGAACGAAAAGUAGUUGAAUGAGUGCAAGUGAAGUGGAUGUUAAAUAUGUAUUGAUAUUCAUUAUUUCACAAAAAUCAUGGAAGGUUACCGGCACACAGUGGCACAUUCCAACUUUGCCCUUAAGUCUAACUAUGCAUCUCUAGAGUACAGCUGGUCUCCAAACACAAACACAGGCUAAACCGUACCGCCUCCACGGGCCUGUUUCUCUCGCUCAUCAGAUCAGGUUUGGGGUGAAUUUGCCAAAUUACCACAAUGCCAAUUAGCUCUCAUCGUAAGUGUGUAUUCAUGGAUUUUCUCGUUUUGUAAACUACUUGAUGACUGGGUACAUACUUGUUUGCGUGUUUCUUGGGACCUUUACAUUAUUGCGUAUUUUCUGAAAGGAUGCUGUUCUAAAUAAUGUUAAACGAGAACUGGAGUAUAGCUUGACUAUCAACCAAAGGACACGAGAUGUCUUUUAUCUGUCCACUCAUUCCAGCACCUUCUGUAUCUGGACAGCCUUGCAGAUCACACCUCAAUAAUGUGAAGGCCCUGCUCUGUUGUUGCUCUUGGGAAUGAGCAUCACUGUUUACAAAUUUCUCAGUCUGGAUGGCCACUACAGCAGACUGACCGAAGCUGAUUCAGGUACUCAUUCCUGGACACCUUGCCCAGUCCAUAUCCCUGCUCUUGCUUAGGCAGGUACUUGAGUUGGCUAGUGGUGCAGGUAAGGCUUUGCUUAAAGGGCCCUAAGCACCAAUCACAGGGAUGCACCGAUCUUACCUUACAAUACUUGCAUGGGCACAGUAUGGCCUGAAACACUGGAUCGGUCUCAAAUGGUGUUCGAUAAGUUCAAAGCAAUCCAUCCCCAUUUGUACUUUUUAUAGAAUCUACAUGGUGAAUGCUUGUAAUCUGAUUGACCCUAGAUAGCUGUUGACUUUGAAUGGCUCCGGUCUUGAUUUGAUACAGAUACUGUGUGCUCAUGUGAAAUCCUUUUAAAUGUUGUUUUUAUGGUAACAUUUAACGUCCCAGCCACAUAUUAUCUGCACUUUUGUUUGGUCUGUGAGUUUUAAAUAUUCAAUAGUGAUGCAUUGUAUUUAUAUGUAUAUGUUGUAACGAAUGUAAUUGAUCUGUAUAUAUAUCAGAUAUGAAGGCCCCCUUCCCACACACACACACACACACACACACACACACACACACACACACACUCAGCAAUGAAACAUGGCAUCGGUGCAUCCCUGACACUCAAUCACAAUAACAUAAACUAAAACAAUUUUUCCACAUCACAAAUUUCUGGCAUCAAACAAAUCACUAGCCAUGUGGUAUCAUUGGCUCAUAUAACAAUACACCAACUACAACGCACACAACACCUCUUCUUUUGUACACAUUAUGUUUAUCGCUUCUUUUGUCAUUUUUUUCCUUCACCCAAGCUCAUAUAACUGUUUGAACAGUACUAUUAUGCACAAACUAUUGUUUGAAAUAUUAGUUUAAAGCAAUACUUCUUUGUGCAUGGUCAUUGUGAAAUAUAUUUAUAGUUGUUUAGGACCAGACAUGUGUGAGCACCAAGAUGAUAGACAGGACUGAUCGGAAAGUGGAGAAAAAUAAAUGAAUUAAACAGCAAUGUCCAGGGUA